AUGAAUUCUUCAAUGGAUAAGAGCACAGAAAAUAGUUCAUCAGUAUCCAUGCUCAAUCCUCCAACGAAAUCUCGUCGUGGUCGUAAACGUGUUACUGAUCCAGUCCUAGCUACACAAUUAAAACAACACCGUCGUUCACGUGCGAACGAUCGUGAACGAACACGCAUGCGCUUGCUCAAUGAAGCUCUUGAACAUUUACGGACCAUACUUCCUAUGGAUUCAUCUUGCUACUAUUCUUCAACGGAUCUAUCAGCGCAUCAUAGUCCAAUGAUGGAAGACAAGUUAACUAAAAUUGAAACACUCCGAACAGCUUCAGCAUAUAUUCGCCUUUUAACUGAUCUACUCGAUGAUAGCGACCAUUCAUCAACAACAUCAAAUCAAUGUUCGUAUCCUUCGUCUGAUCAUUCACAACAAAUGUACCAACAUUCGCCACACUUCGCGUGUCCACCAGCAUAUUCUUAUUAUCAUUCCUACUACUAA